CUAAAAAUUGAGCCUUUUGCGCGUCCUCGAUCGAACAGGGCCGUCGUUUCUGACCUGUAAUUUGGAGGUAUUUUGGCGUCACGGCAGUUUUAGGCGAGAUCCCCUCGCCCAAUUAUGAGCUGAUUAUUGCUCGAGUCAAGCAAGUUGCUGAAAAUUGACACCUUGGGCAUGCUUCAAGAUUCGAAGAAAGACUUGCGGGUUCCUGAAAUCUGGUCUGCUGAUUAUCUUAUCUGAACAACUUGUUACAUUGAGCAGCUAUCAGAUUCAGAGAGUGCAGCAUGGCCGAACCUCUGAUGAAAGCUUGUAGAAAAGCAUCAAAGCCAUAUGAUUUCAAGAGAGUAUCUUCUAGUCCCAAGGAUCAUAUUCAGCAAUCGAAAAGACCAAGGAAGGGGGAAAACCCUGUUCGAAUACCACCGAGUCCUGACCAGUGCCUCGAUUUCAAAUCAUCUAACUCUUGGACCUGCAAAAAUUCUGCAUGUCGAGCCACACUUUCAAUAGAUGACACAUUUUGCCGGAGGUGCUCUUGUUGCAUUUGCCAUUUAUUUGAUGACAACAAGGAUCCGAGUCUUUGGUUGGAGUGUGUAUCUGAUUCUGGUUUAGGAGAUUCAUGUGGUUUGUCAUGCCACAUUGAAUGUGCCCUCCAACAUGGUAAGGUCGGGGUUGUUGACCUGGGACCAUUGAUGCAGUUGGAUGGAAGCUAUUGUUGUGCUUCCUGUGGCAAAGUUGCAGGGGUACUUGGAUGCUGGAAAAAGCAGUUGAGUAUAGCUAAGGAUGCUCGUCGUGUUGACAUCCUAUGCUAUCGGAUAUUUUUGAGUUUUAGGCUCCUGGAUGGGACUUCUAGAUUCACUGAGCUCCACGAUAUUGUUAGGGAUGCAAAAUCUACAUUAGAAACAGAGGUUGGUCCAGUCGAUGGAGUUUCAGCAAAAAUGGCUCGGGGUAUUGUUGGUAGACUCUCUGUAGCUACUGAGGUGCAGAGGCUCUGCUCUCUUGCUGUUGAAAAAGCUGACAAACUGAUGGCCUCGAAAUCUACUGCAGCCAUCUUGGAGGGUUCACUUCCUGCAGCUUGCAAAUUCCUAUUUGAGGAGGUGACAUGUUCUUCAGUAGUACUUUUGUUGAUCGAAUUAUCAACUGCAACAAUCAAGGAUAUCAAGGGCUACAAACUCUGGUAUUGCAAGAAAAGAGAUGAGGUUUACUCUAAAGAGCCUGUUUUUGUCUUCCCAAGAGAUCAGAGGAGGAUUUGGAUAUCCAAUUUGCAGCCUUGCACGGAGUACUCGUUCCGGAUCAUAUCUUAUACUGAAGCUGGUGACUUUGGGCACUCUGAAACAAAGUGCUUUACAAAGAGUGUAGAACUUAUUCACAAGCACCAAUAUUCUUGUGCUGAAAGACCUGAAGUGGAUGCAUCACAUGCAGGAAGCUCUAGUUCCAAACAAAAUCACAGGACUGAUGAAAUAGAACUAGACUCAGGAUUCAAGGUCCGAGAUCUUGGAAGAAUCUUGAAGCUCGCUUGGCUGCAGCAUCAAGGCUAUUUGGAGUCAUUUUAUGGUUUACAUGUCAAUAAAUGUGGUAAUGAUCAUGGCAUAGUUAAGCAAGAAACUCAGCAAGACAAGCCGGCAUCUGUUGCACGUCAACUUGACUUGAAUGUUGCUUCUGUGCCUGAUCUGAAUGAGGAGUUCACACCUCCUGUUGAAUCAUCUAGGGAAGAAGAAAACGGGUGCACUUUAGGGCAAGCAGUUGAGGCAGAUGAUGCUAUCUCUCACGGCAUACAUAGAAAAUGUGGAGAAGCAGCCACUGAUUCCAAGUUGGUUAAUUGCCAUAAUAUGCUACAUAACGGCAAUAGGGAGAACCGGGAUUCUGAUAGCACUCUGACAAAUGGAUCCCCAUUCCAAGUUCAGAACGACCUAUGCUUGGAUGAGAACUUUGAAUACUGUGUAAAGAUCAUCCGUUGGCUGGAAUGCGAGGGGCAUAUUAAGAAGGAUUUUAGAUUGAAGCUGCUGACGUGGUUCAGUCUAAGAUCCACAGAGCAGGAGCGCAGAGUGUUGAACACCUUUAUACAGACUUUAAUUGAUGAUCCGAGUAGUUUGGCAGGACAGUUGAUCGACUCAUUCUCAGAUAUAUCCAGCAAAAGGCCACAAAAUGGCUCCUGCAGCGUUUUAUGCUGAGUCAAGUGGGAGCAAGUUGUUGGUACCGAUGGUCGUCUAUUAAGCUAGCACAGAUAAGAACAAGCAUCCCUGAUUCAUUUACUGACUGCGUAUUGUUUGAGGAAGAAUCUCACGCAUUGUGGGAUGAUUUUUUUCAGUAGAUAAGCCACCUCCUGAUUGCUUAUUGACUAGUGAAUGUAGAUUCCAUUAAUUCUAGGCAUGAAUUUUGUUGGUAGACUCCUAUGCUUAUUCCAUCUAAAUUCUAUCUAAAUUUAAAUGUAGGAUCAUCUGAUGCAGACUGCUGUAUUACUCCACUUAUCUUUUCUUUAUUUAUAUAAUUGAAAGGCUAUUUAUGCA